AUGGCGUCGUCCAACAAGGCCUGCGCCGCCGCCCUCCUCCUGCUGCUGGCCCUCGUCGUCGCCACGGCGGCCGACGCGGCGAAGGGCAUCACCGCGUUGGAGCCCACCGCCAUCCCGUGGCAGGCGGAGGUGGACGUGUCGGCGACGUGCAUGGGGUCGCUGCUGGCGCUGAGCCCGUGCCUGCCCUUCUUCAGGGACGCGGGCACGUCGGGGGCGCCGGCGGGGUGCUGCGAGGGCCUGGGCGGCAUCGUCCAAGACCAGCCGGCGUGCCUGUGCCACAUCUUCAACCACACCCUGGAGCGGGCCAUCGGCGUCGACAUCCCCGUCGACCGCGCGCUCGGCCUCCUCAGCAACGUCUGCGGCCUCACCCCGCCGGAGGACCUCAUGACCAGCUGCGGCGGCGGCGUCCCCGUGCCGCCGCUGUACAUGUGCCCGGCGCCCUCGGCCUGAUAUCUAUCGAUCUAUCCAGUGUGCAGGUGCAGGAGGAGAUGCGUGAGUAAAAUAAUGAUCGAGACCAGAGGCGAAGGUACCUAGCAGCCGAAGAUCAUCGAUCAGCUGCAGCCUCUCUUGGAAUUGGAAGUUGAAGAAGGAUGCAUACGAAUGCAACGACUUAUAGAUACCCCAUGGUUCCAAUUAGAUUUUCGGAUUAACAACACAUGGAAAGGAUACAAAUAGGAUUGCCGUUAUGCCACAAUGUGGCUACAGAUGGAGUAUGUACCGUGUCUCUCUCCGCGCAUAUAACGAUAAAUAAAUAGAAAAAGAUGGGUUUGUCUAGACUA